AUGAAUGCCCACCUCAGAAAAGAAAAAAGGCAUCUAAGAAAAAAGGCAUCUAAGUCAACAGCCUCCAGUCAACAGCCUGCAGAUACGUCGCACGACGAUCUAAAGAAAAAGUACGAGUCACUGCAAAAGGACUACAAAAGAGUGGGUCAGGCCUUCCAGAACCAGCAGGAACAGAACCAGGAGCUGACGGCAUUGCUAGAGGAACGCAAGAAAGAGGCUGAAGAGCUAGCCAACCUUGUGCAGAACAAGGACAAGGUCGUUAAUAACCUCGAGAGGCACCUCUUAAACGCAAAGAAGGUCAUCGCAGAACUCCGAGCGGAGGUGCGACGCAGAGACCAACCCACGCCACAAGAAGACCCACCCACAUCACAACAGCAACACCAGCAGACUGCAGACAUUCGCGUCAUCACCCACAGCCUGGCCAACAUACACGAACGAUAUGAACAGGUUCUCCAGACGAUGAAAGAGAACAGAUGCAGCAGCAUGGCCUGUGCCUUCCCUCUUGCAGGCUGUCCUCGGAGCACACUACAAGACUUCGUGGCGAUAGCAGAACUGAAAAAGGUCGACUCGAGGGGAACCGGACCUCGUCCUCCACGACCAAGAAGUUAA